UUACAGACGAAGAACUACCGAAAGCCGCUGCUUCAGCGUUAUGUCGUGCGCAUCCUCCUCAUGUAGGUGUCGCCUCUCAACGCUCCUGCCUCCACUCACAUGGCGCAGGGUGCCCAUCUACGCGGCCGCGUCGUGGGGCAGUCUGAUGUCUGUCCAGGCAGCGUCUUGGAUCGACCCCCUCCGCGACAUCUACGAAGCCUUCACCAUCUAUACUUUCCUGCAGCUCCUCAUCAACUUUAUCGGCGGCGAGCGCGCCCUCAUCAUCCUCAUGACGGGCAGGGCGCCCGUCGCCCACCCGUGGCCCAUGAGCCUCGUCCUCCCCAAGCUCGACAUCUCCGACCCCCACACCUUCCUCGCCGUGAAGCGCGGCAUCCUUCAGUACACUUGGGUGAAGCCGCUGCUCGCACUCGCUGGCAUCAUCAUGAAGGCAACCGGCGUCUACAAAGAGGGCUACAUCGGCGCUACCUCGGGCUACUUCUGGGAGAGCAUCAUCUACAACAUCAGCAUCACAGUCUGUCUGUACGCUCUCGCCAUGUUCUGGGUGUGCAUGACAGAAGACCUGAAGCCUUUCCGGCCCAUGCCCAAGUUCUUGUGCAUCAAGGGUAUCAUUUUUGCGUCCUACUGGCAGGGCCUCUUUCUCUCCAUCCUCGUGUGGUUGGGCGCAAUCCCCGAUGACGUACCAGGCUACAGCGUUGACAACCUCGCCGCCGCCAUCCAGGACGCCCUCAUCUGUUUCGAGAUGCCAGUCUUUGCCCUGGCCCAUUGGUACGCUUUCUCGUGGCACGACUACGCCGACAACACCAUCUCCGCUGCCCGCCUGCCCGUCAAGUAUGCCUUGCGCGACGCUUUCGGCGCCCUGGAUCUCAUCCAAGACACCAAAGAGACCUUCGCCGGUAACAAAUACGAAUACCGCCACUUCGAUGCUCGAGACAACGUCCUCGCUCACGAAGAGUCGUCAUCGCGUGCUGCGCGUAUGAAGGAGGGCAUGAGGUACGAGAGGAACGGCAAGGGCAAGUACUGGAUACCGAAGCCAGGUCAGUCAUCCGAGCAUGAACCGCUGUUGAACAAGGUAUCCCACGGUCGAGCCAGGGCGAUGAGUCCAGGGCCCCAUCGUGCCCUUGAGGGCGGGAAGUACGGCACUCCAGACGAAGUCGAUGAGCCGAUGCUCGAGCCCGAAGACGAAAGGCUGUUCGACAACGCGCGCGCGUUGGAGUUCGGCGACUGGAAUUACCCAGUCAUCGAAGCACAUCGCGCCAGGCGCGAGGACCGCUUCACAACGGAGCCUCCUAUUCUCACCGCUUCAACGAACCGAAACUACCUCCAGCCGACCGCUGAUAACAAGCGAAGACGCAAGAGCCAGAUCAAGAAGAUCCAAGACGAAUCGGGCAAGCAUGACAAGGGCAAGCAUGGCAAGGGCAAGCAUGGCAAGGGCGAGCAGGGGAGCGACUCAUCCAGCAAUGGAGAGUCAUCGAAGCCCAAAUCACGAGCUCCCUUGGUUGGCAAUCUCCUGCGUCAAAAAUCAUCGUCCUCUUCCUCCGCAAAGUCCGACAGGAGCCAACUCGUCGAUCUCGUUGUCGAAGACCAUGAUGCAGAGGAAGUCGACCGCGUCCGCGCCCGCAAGGAAGGCGGACCCGCCUGGAACGAGGUCAAGAACAAGCACUUCGUACACACCUACCCGCAAGAGGGCCAAUCCGAAGAAGUGCGCGAAGGCUUCGAGCCUGACGUCCCCGAAGCACACAACCCAGAGCGUGUGCACAACCUCGAUUACCCCUUCAGAGUGGGCGAUGACGAAGACGAGGAAGCUAAGAAGGACUUCAAGCCGCCUGUCAACGAAGAGGCGGAGCGCUGGGAUACACGCGACUACAGCGACAACGAGGAUGCUCAAGAGGCUACGAAGGAGCCUCAAGACGACCGGCCAAGUCCGAACUACGGUAGCUUUAGAGAGGAGCGAAAUGUCUGGAACCAGGACUGAUGGCCAAUGUCAUUGUACGACGCAAUGGGCACCGUCUCUCCCCUGGAGCAGUUUGCAUGUACGCUGCGUUCGCUACUUGCGGAUGUGGAGCAGUUAUAUACCCUAUCUUGGUACAUAUUGGAGUUACUGUAGCUUCUGCUGUUGAUAUUACUGGUGCGUUGUAGCGAUCCAAUUGCGAUUGCAUGGACUAUUGCAGCCAUUGCACGCCAACACAUGCUGUACUUUACGUAGUUAGGCUUCACGAGCAACUGCUCUGUGGUGCGGGCGAUCUUUGUUGUCGAUUUUGGCUCAAUCAGAGAUGCUGUUGUAGAGUUGUGGUUUUUCGAGUGUAUUGGACUGCGUAUGGUGACGGUACACGUGGCUACCACGUUAGUCUCAACCACAAGAUAUGUUCAUGC